CUGUCUCUGUCCCUUUCCCGUUCGUUCCCCUCGUUGAAGUAUCUCCAAGAACAAAACAUGUCGUACGGAGGUUAUCCCGGCCAAGGUUACGGUCCCAGCGGAGGCGGCGGCGGCGGAUAUCAGCAAAGUCCCGCUCCUCAGGGUUAUGGACAGUAUCCCCCUCCUCAACAAGGUUACGGCCAGCCGCCUCCUCAACACCACCAGCAAGGCUACGGCCAGCCUCCUCCUCAGCACGGCGGAUAUCAGCAAGGCGGGUACCAGCAGGGAGGAUAUCAGCAAGGAGGCUACCAGCAGCAGCACGGCGGAUACCAGCCGCCUCAGCAGCAACAAUACUACCAACCUCCUCAGCAUCCUCCCCCGCCGCAUCUCGAUUCCUACGGCUACCCAACUGCCGGUGGUGGAUAUGGCGGACACCGUGGGCAGUCGACGCGGGCCGGCCCGCCGCCUCCUUCGGGCCACCAAGAGUUCGGCCACGGAGCCCCCGCCGGCUAUACCUUCCAGUACUCCAACUGCACAGGAAAGAGGCGUGCGCUCUUGAUCGGUAUCAACUAUUUCGGCCAGGAAGGCGAAUUGCGCGGCUGCAUCAACGACACCAAGAACCUUUCUCAAUACUUGAUCGAGAACCAUGGGUACAAGCGCGAGGAUAUGGUCAUCUUGACCGACGACCAGACCAACCCCGUGAUGCAACCGACCAAGCAAAACAUCAUCAACGCCAUGGGCUGGCUCGUGGCGAAUGCCCAGCCCAACGAUGCGCUCUUCCUGCACUUCUCUGGCCACGGCGGUCAAACCGAGGACCAUGAUGGCGACGAGGAGGAUGGACACGAUGAGGUUAUUUACCCUGUCGACUUCAAGGAGAACGGCCAUAUUGUGGACGACGAGAUCCACUUCCACGUUGUGAAGCCCCUGGUCGAAGGUGUCCGGCUGACGGCCAUUUUCGACUCGUGCCACUCUGGCUCUGUACUUGAUCUUCCCUAUGUCUACAACACCAAGGGUCUUCUCAAGGAGCCCAACCUGGCCAAGGAAGCCGGCGCGGGCUUGCUGUCGGCGGUGGGUGCGUAUGCCCGUGGCGACAUGGCGUCCGUGGCCACCAGCAUAUUCGGUCUCGCAAAGAGUGCCUUCAAGGGCAACGACGCCUAUGAGCACACCAAGCGCACCAAGACCUCACCCGCCGAUGUUAUCAUGUGGAGCGGCAGCAAGGACGAUCAGACCUCGGCCGAUGCCACCAUCAACUCUCAAGCCACGGGUGCCAUGUCCCAUGCCUUCAUCUCUGCUCUCAAGGCCAACCCCCAGCAGAGCUAUGUCGAACUUUUGAACAACAUUCGCGAUAUCCUUGAGCGGGACUACUCGCAAAAGCCCCAGCUCUCGUGCAGUCACCCUCUGGAUACCAGCCUUCUGUUUGUCAUGUAA